AUGGCGGAGAGCGACCAGGAAGCCAUGCGCGCGGUGUACGCAGCGCUGCCCAGGUGGGUGUUCUUCUGGCAUGACAGUAAUUCGCCGAGCGAGCUGUUCGAGAUGGGCGGCAACCUCACCUACAAGUGCUGCGUCACGCCCAUACCCUCGUCGUGCCACCUUUGGUGCCCCAUCGAGUGCACGUCCGCCGGCCGCAUCACCAGCAUAUUCUCCGAUCCCAGCCGCGAGGACAUGCCCGGGCCCGCCGGGGUUCAGGGAGGGAGCUGCCCGCCCGGCGCGCUGUCUCCCGCAAUUGGCGACCUCGAGGAGCUCUCCGUGCUGAUAUUGCGCCAUUCGUGCCUCGCCGGCGACCUGCCGGACUCCGUCACGCGCCUCCAGAAGCUGACGGAACUCGACAUGCCCGAUAACAGCUUCUCCGGCCCCAUUCCUCCCGGGCUCUUCGGCCUGCCCGCGCUCCGCCACGUGGAUCUGAGCACCACCAUUGGCAGCGGCCUUUCAGGGCCCCUUCCCGACGGGCCCGACGCGUACUCCCCGUCCCUGGAAACAGUUCGCCUUUCCGCACACAACAUCUCGGGGGAACUUCCGCACGCGAUUUUCCGUGCGCCUGCGCUGCGCGAGUUGCGCCUCGAGGGCAACAACCUCACGGGGGAGCUCCCGGGGGAGGCGGGGGCGUACUCGCGAAGCAUCGUCGCGCUCUCCCUGCGCAGUAACGGGUUGACUGGCGGCAUUCCGACCGCGCUGGCGGAGAUGACGGCGCUGACGAAGCUCGACCUGGGGGACAACGGCCUGUCCGGAGACAUCGGCGCGCUAUUCCCUUCUGCUGCUGCCACCGCUACUCCUGACGCUGCUGCGUCAGCUGGUCUCCGCGCGGCGUUUCCGCUGCUCCACUUCCUGGACGUCAGCAGCAACCAGUUCUCUGGCGACGCGGCCGCGCUCGCGCCGCUCCCGCGCGGCCUGAGCCACUUGAACGCGUCGCGCAACAACCUCACGUGGAGCGCCGGCAGCACCUUCUUCGUGACCGUCGUGGACCUCUCGCACAACCGCAUCGCCGGCGCGUUGGCGGAAGUCAUGCGCGACGUGAGCGCGAGCGUGCUGCUUCUGGCGCACAACGAGCUGUCGGGGAGCAUCCCCGCGGACCUGCUUCCCUCCGUGCGCGACGAGCUCGACCUCUCGCACAACCUUCUCUCCGGCGCCAUUCCGCACCUCUGCGGCCCCGGCACGCGCAUCGACCUCUCGCACAACCUGCUCUCUAGCACCUUUCCCUCCCUCUGCGGCCCUGACAACCACUACUACGAAUGCAGCACGGACAUCGACCUGUCGCACAACAACCUCACGGGCGAGCUCCCGCGCGCCGCGGACGCGUACCAGGUCAACAUCGGGUCGCUCUCGCUGCGCGCCAACGACCUGUCCGGCGCGAUUCCGCCGGCGCUGGCGGAGACGAUGCGCUGGCUAACGCACCUGGACCUGGGGGAGAACCGCCUGUCGGGCGCGCCCACGGCGCUCGCGUCGCUGCGUGAUCUGGACGUCGUGCGCCUCGACGGCAACGCGCUGAGCGGGCCGUUCUGCGACGCGCUGCUGCCCGCGCGCGAGCUCUGGCUGGGCUUCAACACCUUUGGCGGCGCCAACGCGGACGCGGAAGGCGAUCUGCACUGGUGCGUGAUACCCGCGAAGGUGGAGGUGCUAAGCGCGCCGCACGCGGGGCUGAGAGGGAGCGUUCCGGGCGACCUGUUCAUGCGCGUGGACGAGCAGUGGGGGCGCGUUGUCAUGGGGUCGCCACCAUUUGUGUUGCAAACGCAGAGCUUGCAUGUGAAUCUCAGCCACAACAGCCUCACGGGCACCCUGAAAGCUUUCUCUGUGAUCCGCAACGGGAGCCUGGACGUGUCGCACAACAAUUUCACGGGCAGCAUUCCGGACGGGUUGUUCCGCCUCGCGAGUACAGGGGGGCUGGAGCGCGGGAGCGAGGAGAGCAGGUGGGGGCUGGAGCGAGAGCGAGCGGUGGUGGACGUGCAGUUCAACGAGCUGUCAGGGCCGCUGUUUGACACGCGCAGGCCCGCCGGCGAGUGGCCGUCCUACUGGAACAAGCUGCGAGUGAGCGGCAACAGCGCUGCCAUGAAGGGCGCCGUGGGCGCGGGGUACCUCCCCGCGCCGUCGCCUGGCGUGCAGGCGUCCGCUGCGGAGACUGAGGCUCUGCUGGCCGUGCGCGAUGCACUCCUGGGGGGAGCAGCGGGGGGAGCAGGUGGGGCAGCAGAGGCGGUAGCACUGGUGAAGGGCGGAAACAGCUCGUGGGCGGUGAUACUGAGCAGCUGGGAUGCGAGCAGCAGCAGCAGCAGCAGCGGUAGUGCGUGUGAGUGGUACGGCGUGGGGUGCACAGCAGACGGGCACGUGCACACGCUGCACCUGCUGGGUGAUGCCACGGUCGCACUGCACCCCAACGUGCUCCCGCACAUGCCCGACUGUGAGAAAGGCCAGUACGGGGAGUUUUCAUGCACCUUCGAGCCCCCGCCACCUCCCCGCACCGCGUGGUUCUUCCUGCAGGGCCUGCGUGCGGGAAGCGGGAGCGGGAGCGGGAGUGCGAGUGCGAGUCUGUCGGAGGCGUUGGGGCAGCUGACUCAGCUGACGUCGCUACGCAUCUCCGGUCACGCCCUCUCCGGCGCCCUGCCGCAGUCCCUCUCGCGCCUCUCGCACCUCGUCGCUCUCGACCUCUCCUCCAACCGCCACCUUUCCGGCUCCAUCCCCCCCACCCUCUUCACUCUCCCCUCACUGCGAGAGCUCACCCUCCGCGGGAACAACCUCACGGGAGCAGCCCUCCCAAACAUCACCGCAGCAGCAGCAGCAACGCUGCCAGUGCCGGGUUUGGAGAGUCUAGACGUGGGGGGGAACGCUCUGUCGGGGUCCAUUCCAGCGCAGGUGAGUCUUCUGACGGGGCUGACGCGCCUGGCGCUGGACCACAACCGGCUGGACGGAAGCUUGCCACGGGAGCUCGGCGCGCUCUGGAUGCUCCGAGACCUUCAGCUGCAGGGGAACGCCCUCCGGGGCGGGCUUCUUGACAUCACCACUGUUAUCGAUGCACCUGCCAGGGCUGAGCUGCGGAGCCUGACCAAAGUGUUCCCGCUACUCGACUCCCUGGACGUCAGCAGCAACCAGCUCUCGGGCGAUGCCGCUGUGCUCUUCUUUCCGGAGGGAAAUGAGAGAGAGUACCAGCUCAAGCACCCCUUCCCGCGCAUGCGCUACCUGAAUGCGUCGCACAACAACCUCACAACCGAAUUCAGGCUGAACGUGGAGAUGAUUGCAUCCGUGGUGGACCUCUCCCACAACCAGAUCCGCGGCCGGCCGUAUGAGGUAUUUGGCGUGGCCUUCUGGCAGGAGGCGUUCAUAGAUGUGUUGCGCCUGUCGCACAACCAGCUGUCAGGGAAUGUGCCCAUUGACCUGUUGCAACAAGUGGGUGGAGAGCUAGAUCUCUCCCACAACCAGCUCACCGGCACGCUGGACGACAUAGUUGAUGAUUAUUUUUGGAGGCAUGCGUUCAUGGAUGUGCUGCGCCUGUCACACAAUCAACUGUCGGGGAAUGUGACCUCGUAUUUGCUGACAGCGGUGGGCGUAGAGCUGGACCUCUCCCACAACCACCUCACCGGCACGCUGUCGGCACUGAAUCCCGCAAUGACCGCCGUCAACUUCUCCCACAACAACUUCUCUGGCGCCAUCCCGCCUCUCAGUGGUGCCCUGGAGACGUGUGACUUGUCGCACAACCAGCUGGAAGGGGCAAUCCCCCCGCUGGGACCGAGAAUGGUGCAUGUGAACGUGAGCUGGAACAACCUUACUGGGCUUAACGCGUCAGUGCUUCUCCAGGAUGCGAGUGCGCUGCGCAGCCUGGACGUAUCUCAUAACGCCAUCACUGGGGGGCUGCCCGCUCUGGCUGACGGCAGCAGCAGUGGGCUCGCGGGCCUCACCUAUCUCGUCCUCUCCUUCAACUCCUUCUCUGGCGCCCUUGCACAACACCACCUCCCGUUCCCAACCACAGCCGCAUGCAGUACGGUGCAGAGCGGUGCAGAGGUGCGGGUGAGCCACAAUGCACUGACAGGGAGCAUCCCUGAUGCUGUCUUCUCCCCGUGCCUCUCCCUGCUGGACCUCUCCCACAACCAGCUCUCCGGCUCCAUCCCCGAUGCUCUCACCACCAGCCUCACUGCUCUAACUCACCUCAGCCUCUCCCACAACCAGCUCACUGGCUCCAUCCUUCCUCUCUCUGCCUGCCCUCGCUGCACUCACGUGGACCUCUCUUACAACCCCCUCUCCGGUGCCAUUCCUGACCUACUCCAGGGCACCAAUCAGAGCGGCCUCCUUCUCCCUCUUUCCCACUUGGACCUUUCUUCCAACCAGCUCACACGACCCAUCCCCAAUGCUCUCACCACCAACCUCACUGGUCUAACUCACCUGAACCUCUCCCACAACCAGCUCUCCGGCUCGCUCCUGCCUGUGGCUGCCUGCUCUCGCUGCACUCACGUGGACCUCUCUUACAACCUCCUCUCCGAUGCCAUUCCCCCCCUCCUCGCCUCCUCGUCUUCCCCUCUCGCCCACCUCAACCUCCGCAGCAACCUGCUCUCAGGCUCGUUGCCGCGCUCCCUCACCCUCGCCCCUUCGCUCAAACACCUGGACCUCUCAAGCAACAAGCUCAAAGGCUCCCUGCCUGCCUUCUGCCAGGGCAAGCAGCGCCUUGCCUCUCUCCUCCUCUCCUCCAACGCUUUCUCCGACCCCCUCUCCUCCCCUCCUCCCCUCCUCCUCCUCCUGCGCCUCCUCCCUCCUCUCCCUCAACGUCUCCACCAACCAGCUCUCCGGCUCGCUCCCCUCGUCCCUCUCGCGCUUCACCACUCUGCACUCCUUGCAGACGUCGCGCAACCACAUGAGUGGUAG